AUGAAAAAGUAACCACCACCUUCAACUUAAUAACCUCAGCAAAUUUAAUCAAGAAUUAUUCAAAAGGAGGUGUUCUGGGUGUAUCAACCCUAAAGUGUAUAAUAAAGUGCCUUCGAAUAGUAUUUAACUUUGAACUAAAAAGAGAUCUAUAACUUAUAAUAAUAAUAAUAAGUUGGGUACAUGGAAAACAUCUAACAAGUAUCCAACUCAAUCAAUAAUCACCUUCAUCCAUGUUUAUAAAAUAACACAUAGGAUCAAUUUUUAAGAUUUAAUAGUGUUAAUGUUGAUUGGCUAACAUUGAAACUUAUUCACCUAUUUAUCAAUAAUAGUAAUUUAAUGGCAAUAGAUUUUAGACACAAUAGAUUUACCAUCUAAGAAUUAGAUGUUGUGUAUUAAAUUUUUGCAUUUUAAAGAAUCACAAAAGCAUUUAUUGAAUAUAAUCCUAAUGUCAACAUACUAAAAUUAAGUCCCCUCUACAACUUAGAAUUUAUAUAUUUAAGAGGAAAUGAAAUUGAAAAUAAUGCAAUAGUUUAAUUUAUGGCAGGCUUACAUAAUAGAGUGAGAGUCUUAGAAUUAGGAGUAAAUAAAAUCAGUCAAGAAGGUGUAGAUGCCAUUGCAGAAUAUAUGGGGAAACACAAUGUCUUAGAAUAUCUUGGAUUAGCAUAGAAUUCCAUCAAAUCCUUUUAAGAUAUCAAGUUAUUGGCAAAUUCAUUUGGUAAGAAUAGAAUAACAGCAGAGGAAUUUUCUAAGAUUUAAGAAUUAGAAUAACAAAGAGAAUUAUAAGUAUAAAAGUUUUAGAAACAAAAAAAAAAAUAUACUGAAGAAAUGCUAAUCUAAGUACCACCUUAUGUGAAAAUCGAUAAUUUUAAUUACACUCUGCAAAAUCCUCAAUUCAAGUUACUCAAUCUGUCAGACAACCAAAUGGUGGAACAAGAUCGAGAUUAAAUUGAUAAAUUCUUAAGCAGAUUACUAGAUACCUAAUCUGUGGUGUUGACUAACAAUUUAUUCGAACAUUCAACUAGAGCCAAAUUGAGAAAGAAGUAUAAAAAAUGUGUAGUAAUUUGA